UGUGGGGCGGGGGCUGAGGGCGGCCCACAGGAGCCGGCUCGGCUCCGGGAACGAGGAGCGGCACGGGGUGGCGCCGGGCGGCAAAAGAGCAGCUCAAAGUAGGGGCGUUGUGAGAGUAGCGGCUUGCGCGUGUGUUAAGGGCGUUGCUCCUGUGCGUGCAGGUCCGGGAGCAGCCCGGUUCCCGCGGCCCCGGGAUGGCUGCGGGGCUGCCGCCCGAUGCGCUGGGUCGGCGGGUCGCCUGUGGCACCGACUACGGGACUGUACGCUAUGUCGGCAGCGUGUCUCCUACUGCAGGAAUUUGGCUGGGCGUGGAAUGGGAUGAUCCGGAGAGGGGAAAGCAUGAUGGCAGCUAUGAAGGAACACAGUAUUUUACAUGCAGGCAUCCUAAAGGAGGAUCGUUCAUCCGGCCAAACAAGGCAAAUUUUGGAGUAGAUUUUCUUACUGCAGUGAAGGAUCGGUACGGAUUGAAUGAUAAGCAGGAUGUUCAGUGUGGCACAGGGAAUACAGUAGUAAUUGGAACGAAGACUGUGGAAUUUAUUGGCAUGGAUUCUGUUGCAGAACAGCAAAGACAACUGAACAAACUGGUGGAUAUCUCGGUGCGGGAGUGUGCAGUGAGCCAUGCCGGUCAGGAAGAGGAAAUCAGCAGAACAUGUGCCAAUAUGAGGCAUAUAAACUUAUCAAAAAAUCUGAUAUCAUCUUGGGAGACAGUAGCAGCUAUUGCUUCUCAAGUUCAAAAUCUGGAAACACUUAAUGUCAGUGAAAACAAAAUGAAAUUUCCAUCUACAUCAACUUUUACAUCCAGUGCAUUUUCAAACUUGAAGAUUCUGGCCCUUAAUCAAACUGAAAUAACAUGGACAGAGGUUCUUCUUUGUGCUCAAGGAUGGCCAGUACUUGAAGAGUUGUACCUUUCUUCUAAUAAUAUUACAGUUUUGGAAAGGCCUGAUAAUGUCCUGCAGACCCUGAAGUUGUUAGACCUUUCAGACAACCAGCUACUGGAUGGAAAUCAGCUGCAUCUCAUAGCACAGCUCCCCAGAUUAGAACAGCUAAUACUUAGAAACACUGGGAUAUCUUCUGUACACUUUCCUGAUGCUGGAUUUGGAUGCAAAACUAAAAUGUUUCCUUCGCUAAAACGCCUUGCAAUAAAUGACAAUAAAAUAUCACAGUGGUCGUCUAUCAAUGAGCUUGACAAACUGCCAAGUUUGCGGGCACUGCAGUGUAACAAUAACCCCUUCGUGGACACAGAGAAGAACCCAGAGACCCUGAAGCAGCUCAUUAUUGCCAAGAUAAGCCGGUUGGAGGUUUUGAACAACUGUGAGAUCCUUCCUGCCGAAAGAAGAGGAGCAGAGCUUGAUUAUCGCAAAAUAUUUGGAAAGGACUGGCUAGAAGCUGGCGGGCAUUGGAACCCAGAGAAAAACAAACCAAGUGAAGAAUUUCUUGCUGCCCAUCCUAGAUACCCAGCACUUUGUCUUAAAUAUGGAGCACCUGAAGAAGGAGAACUGAAGGGACAACAGCCUUCGACUCUGAAAAAUCAGCUCCUGACUUUGACAAUUAAGUGUCCUGAGAAACCUGAACAGAAGCCAGUGGAGAAAAAACUGCCAGAGUCUAUGACUAUUCAGAAGGUCAAAGGACUGCUGUAUCGCCUGUUUAAAAUUCCUGGUUCAGACCUGAAACUGUCCUACAAAAGUUCUAAACUGGAAGGAAAAGAAGUUGAACUAGACAAUGACUUAAAGCCUUUGCAGUUUUACUCAAUAGAAAGUGGAGACUGUGUGUUAGUACGGUGGUAAAGAAGGGACUCUCUCUCUGGACUGAAGGAAAAGCUGACACAAGAACUGCAGAAGAGAGACAGACACACGGACAGCCUGUGCCUGAACAGACAUACAGGUGAAUAUGAGUUUCACACAUGUGGCACCAAAGGGCUGUACAACUGUACUUUCAACUCCUCAACUUGCUCAUCAGCCUCCAUGAAAACAUCUGCUCAUUUGUCCUACGGGAGAGCUACCAAACUGUGCUUAAAUGCUUCAAUUAAAUAAAACUCAAGGUCACCCUUUUGCCAAGAUUUUAUACUGCCUUCCCCCAGCAGCAGUGAGAAUUUGUUUUACUGAACUGAGUACAGGGUUGAGUUGUGAUCUCUUUGCUAUCAAGACAAGAUCAGUGCUGCACUGAGAGGUCACUUCCUCUUUGUUUUCACCUACAUCCAACGACCUUACAGUGAACAAAACCCAGUAGUAAUUUUAGAAGUAUCUACCUUAGAUGAUUAAGGUCAAAAUCUGCCAGACCUUUCUUCUACCCUACAGUGUUAACAUACCACAUUAUAAAUAAGUUCUCAGCACACUGCAAGGCAUUGCUAUUUAUUUUACAAUCUUCAGUGUGCUGUUCCUCAAGCUUAUUUUACUUUCACUUGUGUACCCUCAAAUUCAUAUCUAGUCAGAAUGAGCUCUCAGAAAUCCCUCCUAAAUCAGGCCAAGUUUGCAGUACUUGAAGAUUUGGUAUAAGCAAACCUUGAUUUUAUUUUUAUCUAAAAUGACAAUUAUAUAAACAAACUAAUCACAAAUCCUAGCCCCCAUUGCUGUCCCUGUCCCUGCACAGAUGAGGGCAGCCCCUCAGACAGCACAGAAUGUGCUGCAGCAAGACUUACCAGCUGCCCUGGUGCUGAGCACAACUCUCACAGGAGCCUGGAACAGCCCUAUACUGAACCAAAUCAGUAGUGCUUCAAUUUACAAAAGACAGGCUAGUUGGCAUUCUUAUGUGCAUUUAUUAAUUACAAGUAGGUCUUUGACUUUAUAUAAAAAGGAUUUUUUUUUAAUCUUGAACAUUUUGGUUUUUGUCUGAUCAACAUCUGUACUAUAGAAAAUGAACAGUAUCAGUCCACUUGUAAUUAUCAAAAGGGAUGUGCAAAUAUUGUUAUACUUUAGUUGAAACCCAACAUUAAAAGGUACCUUAGUAUUUC